AAGGCAGAAAAGAUGUCAUUGAAUAAAUAUGAAGCUACGCCGUCGCUAACAGAAACCCUCCUGUGACGCCCGUGGUAUUUAUCACAUGAUUAGUGAAAACGAAAGUAGGUAUACAGCAUACACAUCAAAAACAGGCCAUGCCUAAGAAAAAGAAGGUCAAAGAGCUUCAGCCAAAGAGGAACCUACCGGUGUCUGGAAAUGCUAACACGGCGGAGAUGGUCCCGGAGUUGGAUGAGAAAUCAUUACAGAAAACGAAGGAGGAAAUGAUAAAGGAACAGCCCGAGUUAAAGCAUUUGUUUGGAUACAUGGAAAAGAUUACGAGAGAAAGUACUGCACAAGCACAAAAUUCGUCUAUAGUUUUUAGGAAUAAAAGAGGAAAAGUAACUCCAGAACUCCUUAUGCAGUUUCCAGACUCGCCUACUGCUAAACAAACCAUGGUUGCUCUGAACCACUACAUAUUUGCCUGUAACAUUCUAUGGAGUUACACUAAGCCAAGAGUCCUAGUACAAUCCGACUGCGAUUUCCUCGAGCCAGGACUUCAUCACUACAUGGAGGGGUAUAUGAUUGCCAUGUAUAUGAGUCAGCAAUUUCCCCCGCCUCCUACAAUAGAAAUUUUGGUAGAGGACUAUCUGCGCUUAAGGCCGAAUGAUUCACUUGUCGAAUAUUUUCACGUUUCUAUUAUAGUGGCUAUGCGCGCGAGCACAAAAUCAGAUUUUGAAAGUUGUAAGGAAAUGAUUCGAGCGCGUGAAAUGUUUGUUCAUAAAUUGUUUCCAUACAAAAAUGUGGAGACCGUAAAACGCAUUCUGAUAGAUUCAUAUUACAAUUUAGGAGCAAAAUAUACGUCUACAGAUCAAGAUGAGCGUGCUUUAGACGCGUUUGAGAAAUGCUAUGCUUUAGAUGAGACUAACAUUGGUGCUUUGUACAGUGUUGCUUUUCACUAUAAGGAGAAAGACCCCGAGAAGGCAAUAAAGCUGUGUGAAAAAUACUUAGGAAUGGCCCCGAAAUGCGACGAAAAAUAUCCCAACAUACAUUAUGUGAUGGGCUAUAUUUAUGCAAUACAAUUCAAAAAUAUUGAUCUUGCGAAAAAGUACUACGAUCUUGGCAUGGAGGCAGAGAAUUACAGGCUUCCGUUUAACCCGCCUACGGAUUUUGGUCCAAAGACGUUUCUAGAAUCCAUAGUUCCUCUCGCAGGAGUUAAAAGGAACGAGCUUAAGAACGCUUUGGAAGACAUUGACUUGGAUUAAACUUGCAGUAAUUGUACAAAAAACUGUUUGUUAUCCCGUAAAGGAUACUCUAAGGGGUGAAUUGACAUUUUUAGACAUUUUUUUUUAUUUCAUAUAAAUUCACCAUACUUUCCUCUAUCAGAUAUGCCAAAAAUGAACUUAAAAGUUCAAAUAUAAAACCUUUAUUUGAUGAAUUUCCAGGAUUUACAGUAAAAGUUUGACAUGUAUUUACAAUAGCACCCUUCUGAAAAGAAAUUUAGCCAUGGUA